UUGUAUUGCACACCUCUAAAAAAAACACUGCCUCUGAUUUAUCAAUAUAAAAAAGAUCCUCUGAGAGGAGGGCACUUUUGUGUGAUGGCAACUUCACUUCUAGGGGAAGAACCGAGGUUAGGCUCGACUCCUUUGGCCAUGCUCGCCGCCACCUGCAACAAGAUCGGCAGCCCCAGCCCGUCUCCCUCGUCCCUCUCGGACAGCGCGUCCUCCUUCGGCAAAGGCUUCCACCCCUGGAAACGCUCCUCCUCCUCCUCGGGCAGCUGCAACGUGGUGGGCUCCAGCCUGUCGGGCUUCGGGGUGGCGGGCGCUUCUCGGAACGGCUCCUCGGCUGCUGCGGCUGCAGCGGCGGCGGCUGCGGCGGCGGCCGCCCUGGUCUCGGACUCCUUCAGCUGCGGCGGCUCGCCGGGCUCCAGCGCCUUCUCGCUGACCUCCAGCAGCGCGGCCGCCGCCAGCUCGCCCUUCGCCAACGACUACUCCGUCUUCCAGGCGCCCGUGAGCUCCGGGGGCGGCGGCGGAGGGGGCGGCGGGGGCUCGUCCCAGGAGGCGGCCGCGCACCAGCCCGUCUUCCUCUCCAAGGUGCACACGUCGGUGGACGGGCUGCAGGGCAUCUACCCGCGCGUGGGCAUGGCGCACCCCUACGAGUCCUGGUUCAAGCCCUCGCACCCGGGGCUGGGCGCCGGCGAGGUGGGCUCGGCCGGCGCCUCCAGCUGGUGGGACGUGGGCGCCGGCUGGAUCGACGUGCAGAACCCCAACGGGGCGGCGGCGCUGCAGGGCUCCCUGCACCCGGCCGCCGGGGGGCUCCAGACCUCGCUGCACUCGCCGCUGGGCGGCUACAACUCGGAUUACUCGGGCCUGGGCCACUCGGCCUUCAGCAGCGGCGCCUCCUCGCACCUGCUCAGCCCCGCCGGGCAGCACCUCAUGGACGGAUUUAAGCCCGUGCUGCCCGGCUCCUACCCGGACUCGGCCCCCUCGCCGCUGGCCGGCGCCGGGGGCUCCAUGCUGAGCGGGGGCCCCGCCGUGCCGCUGGGGGGCUCGCCCCGCUCCUCGGCUCGCCGCUACUCCGGCCGGGCCACCUGCGACUGCCCCAACUGCCAGGAGGCGGAGCGGCUGGGGCCGGCCGGGGCCAGCCUGCGGCGCAAGGGGCUGCACAGCUGCCACAUCCCGGGCUGCGGCAAGGUCUACGGCAAGACGUCGCACCUGAAGGCGCAUCUGCGCUGGCACACGGGCGAGCGGCCCUUCGUCUGCAACUGGCUCUUCUGCGGCAAGCGCUUCACCCGCUCGGACGAGCUGCAGCGGCACCUGCGGACCCACACGGGCGAGAAGCGCUUCGCCUGCCCCGUCUGCAACAAGCGCUUCAUGCGCAGCGACCACCUCAGCAAGCACGUGAAGACCCACAGCGGCGGCGGCGGCGGCGGAGGGGGCGGCGGCGGGGGCGGCUCCGGCAGCGGCGGCAAGAAGGGCAGCGACACCGACAGCGAGCACAGCGCGGCGGGCAGCCCGCCCUGCCACUCCCCGGAGCUGCUGCAGCCGCCGGAGCCCGGCCACAGGAACGGCCUGGAGUGA